CCAACGAGCUCGUCAGACAGCUCGGAGAGUUUCUCCGCUGACUGUGAACUACAAGCAAACUCUCCCUGCAGCAGACUGAGACUCCUGUGGGGUUCUGUGCCGUAGCGGUACAAAAGAUUCAGCUGAUGAAGGUCUGAGGAGGAUUUCCUUACAGGUGCACCUGCUAAAUGAAGAGCAGGACGGACAUUUAGAUUGGACAGAUUCCUCUCUGAAGAUCUACGUCGCUGAACUGAACCACAGCUGCAAAAUGACAGCUGCCACGAAGCUUCUGGACGAGAUGUGCCAUCUGACGGCUCAGUCCCUGACACCAUUGGACACAUCGGAGCACUUCAAGGUCCUAAAGCUUCUGGGUGAAGGCUCGUAUGGCAAAGUCAUGCUGGCUGUUCACAGGAAGAGAGGUACCCCGAUGGCUCUGAAGUUCUUCCCUCGUGAAUCCACCUCUCUUUUCUCGUUCCUGAGGGAGUACAACCUCUCUCUGUCGUUCUGUACCCACCCGUCCCUGACCAGAGCCAUGGGAAUCGCCUACUCCACGCCUUCACACUACGUCUUCGCUCAGCAAGCGGGGCUCUUUGGCGAUCUCUACGAUGUCAUCUUGCCUGAGGUCGGGAUGGAGGAGGACAGCUGUCAGCGGGUGGUGUCCCAGCUGUGUGGCGCUCUGUCCCACCUGCACUCUCUUGGUUUCGUCCACAGAGACCUAAAACCAGAGAAUGUCUUCCUGUGUGACUCCGCCUGCCGCUGGGUCAAACUAGGAGACUUUGGCAUGGUGAAGGCCAGAGGCACCAGGGUCCCAGAGGUUUGGUACAGCUCUCCCUACUGCACCCCCGAGGCUGAGAUCGCACGCGGAAAUGAGGACAGCUGGAAAAGCAUGAAUGACGGCGCUCAGGAGAAUGAGGAGAAGAAAAAGGAGUCAAGAGUUUGGGUGUCUGUGGAGCCCAGCACAGACAGCUGGGCACUGGGGAUACUGACCUAUGCUAUGCUCACUGGCAGUCAUCCCUGGGCCGAAACAGCCAGCGACUGCCACUCAUACCUGAAAUACCAGGAGUGGUUUGACAGGGCAAAAGGCCCUGAUGACGAACUGGACGUGUGGGCAGAGCCGCAGGGCGAGAGCACACAGGAUGUCAUUGGUUUAAUUGGAGCAGAACUUGGAAAGAAAGACCGCCCUCCCAUAGCCCCCCAGUUUGCAUGUUUCACCCCGCUGGCCUGUUCCUUCUUUCAGUCGCUCCUCGACCCGAGGCCCCGGCUUCGGGGACGACCUGAGGACGGGCUGAGUUACCUCGGAGGGGACUGGGUGAUGGAGAAGGAGAGGGUGCGGCUGGAGGCGGAGAGGAAGAAGAGCAGAGGGAAAGGAGCGAUCAGGAACAUGAAAGAGAUGGAGGGGAGAGGAGAGCGAUAAGUAGACUUAUGAACUGAUCAGUAUAUAGGUGAUGUUUAGGUUUAAUUUAUUAAACCUGACUAAUUUUGCUUUUAGUUUCUUUAGCAGACAUAUUUUAUUGUGCCUCAAGAAGCCAUGGUGGUGAUAAACUACAAACACUGUAAAGACUACAGUAGAUAAACACAUAAACAUUCUCUGGUUCAAGCUUCUCAAAUGUGAGAAUUUGCUCCUUUUUUGUUUUAUAACUGUGAAUGGAAUAUCUUUGGAAUUUGGACUGGGAGUCAAACGUUAAAUGAAUCAACAAAGUGAUAGAUUAAUCAACAACAAAAAAACAAGUACAAAUACAAAGAUUUGGGGGGAAAAAAUCAUAUAAUCUUUCAUAAUUACAACAAAUAAGUCCAAAACUAAAAUGACUGUGAGCCUCGACAUUACAUUUUACACUGUGAGAGGACACUGAUCCUGAAGUGUAGCUGAGGGUUUGAGAGCGGCUGAUGGCAGAGGGUGUGAAGGGGUGGGAGACUGAUGGAAAAACCAUUUCCCACAUGUUCAUGCUCUUCAAACAGGAGGGAAAAGAAAUCCCCUUUUGCUAAAUGAAAACAAGAUGGUUUAUAGGAGAUUUGGUUUUAACUGUUUCCACCACAGUCUCAUUUGUUCAAGGAAGUCACUUCAUUAUUUUAACAAUGUCUUUUUAAUUAUUUAAAAAAAUAUUUACUAUAUAACUAGCUGUAUCUUAUGGAAAGUGACUUGAAAAAUGUUAAUAACUGCAGUUGUUUAGUGGUGUUGUAAUGCUAUCUGCCCUUGUAAAAGAUACCCUCUUUAGCACACUGCAUCUAUAUGGGUCUACACAUCAUAGUAGCCUUGAACUUUAUAUAGACGGCGGUAGCGCCCAGUUUUUACAGCCAUAAACACGUCUGCUAACAGUCUGAGAGGUACAGUGCAAAAACCACAACACUCAUUUUUCCUACCUGGCUUCAAAGAGUUAAAAGUGUUUCAAAAGGCGAAAAUAUCAAGUAAAUAUCAGCCUAUUCUGAGGCACUUUAUGGAAGUAGAUCCUUAUAUGCUGCUAGUUUAUUUUAUAUAUUUAUAUAUACUUUAUUUUAGUUGCACUUGUGUACGUAGCACUGUAAACCUAGUUGACAGAUAGGAACUUUUAGCUUUUUAUUUAUAUUUUAGCAUGUUAGCACUUACGCUUUCUACUGCUUUAGCACUUUGUACAUAAUUACAGAAUUACAGGUUCUCUUAUUUUUAUAAUAAAUAUACACUAUUAUUUGUAUUAAACUUUUAAUGUAUUAAACUCAAUAUGACAAUAUACUGCAAUGCCUUUCGAGUGUUAGUAACACAAUACAAGUGUACAAUGUAAAAUACUUAAUAAUAAUUCUAAUUCAAUAAACCAGUUUUUGUAAAA